CCCACUAUUUAAUAUGUUCCUGUUGUCAUUCACUUUGUGAUUUUGGUAUGUGGAAUAUUUUGAAUAAACAAAUUAGAAUUUCGUUGCAUGAAAGAACGUCGUUGUUUAAGAAACGUUGUCGACGGAGAUUUCCGCCUAUAGGGUAGGCCUAGACCUAACAUUAGGCUACAGUUAGUAAAUGCGGGCAUAUUUCUUAAUUUAACUCCAUUGUAACGUAAUAUAGGGCCUAUCGUGUUGGCCUGCUCCUUUGAUAGGGUCAAAUUAUGGAAUCAAGCGAAGUCGUCUAGCUAACUUCACCGCGCUAGCGGGUAGCUAUAGGAUACGGGCGCUAGCCUACAGUAUGAUCAGCAAGGGCAUAUUUUUGCAUGGAUCAUAGGUAGGCCUACAUGUCCAUACCAAUAGUUUUGGGAAUGGGAUAUGACAAUAGUGUCUUAAACAACAUUUUAGCGAAGUCAUUGGUAUUGUUGUUGUUUUUCUGUGUAUCGUUGUGAAGUCGUAUUCAUUCUGAUGUAUCAUAAGUGUAGUUGUAAAUCUCCAGUAGGCUGCAACCAGGGGGUCAAGAGCUUGCAGUUUAGCUUCGGCAUGUUCGCAUACGCCAUUUUCAAGUAAGGCGACGCAUGGAGCAUCGUGUUGGGCACGAGCUCUCAUGAGUGUACAUGUUGGUGGGCGGGUAGGGGAGAGUGGGGUGAUUGGUGCCAGUGGGGAAGUUGUGCCACCCCCUAUUUCUAGGAAACCAUGGAAGAAAUUGGUCAUGUGACCACACAUUUUUGAAGACUCAGCCAUUUCAAUCAUCCUGCAGAGAAGAGAGCCUCAUUGCAUGAGAGGUAUGACUUCCCUCCACACAAGAUCUACAACAUGGAUGAAACUGAAAAUGGAAAAUCUCUGCAGCAAAAGGCCAGCCUACCGCUACAUGCAUUUGCAGGAGAAAAUGGGAGUUGUUUGGUCUUAUUUCUUUCCAAAUCCAUCACCUCCACCUGAUCCAGUACCUCUUUUGAUGGAAACUGCGUGGUAUAACAUGAUAUGGAAUAAAAACCAGGCGUUGAAGGGGAAAUUGAGCACACUUCACCCUAAGCACCCUGCUGUUCAGCAUCUCCGCAUCCUUGUGUCUGGUCCUAUCGGAGCCGGAAAGUCCAGCUUCAUCUAUUCUAUAGACAGCAUCCUCCAGAAUAAGAAACUGAAUGCAGCUGAGAGAGUGACAACUGGUAACUUCAGUGGUACUAAGACAUUCACAACUUCCAAAUUUAAAGAUGAAAAGGGACAUCCUCUAUCAUUUGUCAUUGGUGACGUCAUGGGCCUGGAAAGUGCAGAUGAUUCUGGAGUGAAGACUAAGGACCUUGUCAGUAUUUUAAAAGGUCACAUCAAAGACAACUAUAAGUUUAAUCCUAUAAGUGCAUGCUCAGGAGAAGACAUAAGAUACAACAGCUGCCCAACUCUGAAUGACAAGGCUCACUGCUUGGUGUUAGUCAUUCCAGCAGACAGCUUCACAGCUAGUGGACAUGAAGCAGAGAAGACAAAUGUCCUUCUGGACACUGACAGCAUCAAGAAGAUACAAAACAUCAGACGAAAAGCUUUAGAUUUGAGGAUCCCUCACGUGGUCAUCUUGACAAAAGUGGACCUGGCUUGUCCUCAUGUGAAGGAGGACAUCAAACAUGUCUACAGUAGCAGGACCAUCCACCAAAAGAUGCAAGCAUGUAGUAAUGCCUUGGGAAUUCCUACGAGCGACAUCUUCCCAGUGAGUAACUACCACGGGGACAACGAGCCUGGGAAGAACCCUGAUAAGGAUGCAGUGCUGCUGUCCACACUGACACAGAUCCUGGACUACGCCAACGACUCUCUGGAGAAGAUGAAGGAGUCUGAAGAUGCUGAGGACGGGUUUGCCAUGGGGCCCAGGAGGAGAAGGAGCAUGGAAUCUAACCCUGACUUUGCAGAGAGUGAUACAAAACAAUGACACAUUCUAUUCGCUGUGGAUUUGGGACCUCACAUCCGGCGCAUUGUAACACGAGACACAAAUCAAGUGACCUUGCUAGAGCAGUAGCAUCCCUUGAGUGUGUGUGUGUGUGGUGGUAAUGGUAUGUGUGUGUGUGUGUGUGUGUGUGUGUGUGUGUGUAUGCGUGUGCCUGCUAGCCUACAUGUGUGUUUUUAUGCAUGUGUGUGUCUGCAUGUGAGUCUGUGAGUGCAUAUGCCUGCAGUGGGUGUAUGUGUGUCUUUAUCAUUUAUCAUUAUUCUGCAGGCAAAUCAACCAGUGCAACAGCUGCGUAUUGAGUGCACAAGUUGAACGUAGUUCAGGAGGGUUUUGAAGAUAAAGAGGGAUAUGCCCCUGCUCUGGUAGAAACUGGUAGAGUGUUUCAGCAACGGAGAACAACAGACGAGAGUUUGGCAGAGCCAGGUAGCAGGCAGUAUGAGAGUUACAUUAUAUUCAUUAUGUGUACAUUGUGUAACACAUUGUGAGGAGAGUUGUGAGUUAUCGGCUCUAGAUUACAAGGUUUACAGAGAUAGAUAGAUAGAUAGAUAGAUAGAUAGAUACUUUAUUAAUCCCCAAGGGGAAAUUCAACGUCUCAGUAGCAUACAGACAUCACAAACAUCCACUUACAGCAUAAAUGGUAAUGGUAAGUAUAAACAUAUAACAAAACUCCACUGUACAAUAGAGAAAGUAGAAGAUAAGACAAACUAACAAAACUAAAUA